UAGAAACUGAUGGUUUGACUAGCUAAAUUUUGGUUCAAAUUUGUAGUUUAAGUUAAUUUUAGUGCCUUCUGAGGAAAUCCCUCUUUUUAAGUAAGUCUGUCGAGGUGAAUGAAGUUGGUUUAUGGUCAAUUUUCUGGAUAGCCAAGAGAGGGGCUUGAUCUGUAUUCUACUUAAAGUUUACUGUUUUAGUUCUUUUCUUGAUCUGAUCCCAGCUGACCUUUGUCUCUGGGUACUGUUUUAGUUGCUUUUUUUGGUCUAUUUUUGGGCCCCCGGGGGUAGGGGGAGGUAGUUGUGGCAGAGGUGCUAGAGUGAGCCUUGAUUCCAAAAGGAAAUGUCUGCUCCUAUUAUGGAUGGUCAUGAUACAGUUACUGGUCACAUAAUCUCAACGACUAUUGGGGGCAAGAAUGGAGAACCCAAGCAGACUGUUAGUUACAUGGCAGAGAGGGUUGUGGGGACUGGAUCUUUUGGAAUUGUUUUCCAGGCAAAAUGUCUGGAAACUGGAGAAACUGUGGCUAUAAAGAAGGUUUUACAGGACAGGAGAUACAAGAAUCGUGAAUUGCAGUUAAUGCGCACAAUGGAUCACCCAAAUGUGGUGUCUCUAAAGCAUUGUUUUUUUUCAACUACUAGUAAAGAUGAGCUUUUUCUCAAUUUAGUAAUGGAGUAUGUCCCUGAGUCAAUGUAUCGGGUUCUAAAGCAUUAUAGCAACAUCAACCAGACGAUGCCACUGAUUUAUGUUAAACUGUACACCUACCAAAUUUUCAGAGGUCUAGCUUAUUUGCAUAAUGUUGCUGGAGUAUGCCAUAGAGACUUGAAGCCCCAAAACGUUUUGGUUGAUCCUCUUAGUCACCAAGUGAAGAUUUGUGAUUUUGGAAGUGCGAAAGUGCUAGUGAAGGGUGAAGCAAAUAUCUCGUACAUUUGCUCAAGGUUUUAUCGUGCUCCGGAACUCAUAUUUGGGGCCACUGAGUAUACAUCCUCCAUUGAUAUCUGGUCAGCUGGAUGUGUCCUUGCCGAGCUUCUUUUGGGACAGCCACUAUUUCCCGGAGAGAAUGCCGUUGACCAGUUGGUGGAGAUUAUAAAGGUUCUUGGUACACCAACUCGAGAAGAAAUUCGUUGUAUGAAUCCAAAUUAUACUGAUUUUAGGUUUCCUCAAAUUAAGGCACACCCAUGGCACAAGGUUAGCUUUGCUCUGUAAUUUAUUUUUUUGGGG